GCCUGCCCUGACCCCGCUCCCUCCCACUUCCCCGGCCUGGGGAAGGCGUUCCGGGCUGGAGCGAGGGGAUCCUCGGGGUCCCCUCCCGAGCCAGAGCGCGCUGUGGCCCUGCAGGUGCUGCGGCACGAGGAGUUCGAGGAGGGCUGCAAGGCCACCUGCAACGGCCCUUAUGAUGGAAAAUGGAGCAAGACCAUGGUGGGCUAUGGACCAGAGGACAAUCACUUUGUGGUAGAGCUGACUUACAAUUAUGGCAUUGGAGAAUAUCGCCUGGGCAACGACUUCCUGGGCAUCACUCUGGUGUCCAGCCAGGCUGUGAGCAAUGCCAAGAAGAUGGGGUGGCCCCUCAAAGAGGUCACCUCUGGUGUCUUUGAAGCUGAAGCCCCAGGAGGAUACAAGUUCUACCUGGAAGACAAGGAACAGCUCAAGCAAGAUCCCGUGUGGAAGGUAACCCUGGGUGUCUCAAACCUGCAGAAGUCUGUGAGCUACUGGUCUGGUUUGCUUGGGAUGAAAAUAUAUGAGAAGGAUGAGGAGAAGCAAAGGGCUUUGCUGGGCUACGCUGACAACCAGUGCAAGCUGGAGCUGAGGGCUGUUGGAGGAGCAGUGGAUCACGGGACAGCGUUCGGCCGCAUCGCCUUCUCCUGCGCCAAGGACGAGCUGCCAAGCAUUGAAGCCCUGAUGAAAAAGGAGAAUCAGAAGAUUCUGACGCCCCUGGUCAGCUUGGACACGCCAGGCAAAGCCACGGUGCACGUGGUUAUUCUGGCUGAUCCUGAUGGCCAUGAAGUCUGUUUUGUGGGAGAUGAAGCGUUCAGAGAGCUGUCCCAGGUGGAUCCUAACGGUGACAAGCUGUUGGAUGACGCCAUGGCUGCAGACAGCAGUGACAAGUGGUUUGCUGAGCACAACAGAAAGAAGAUUUCAGCUUAGCUGGGAGAGGAGGAAUGGACUGGGCUGCUCCUCCGUGCCUUGGAGCUCUUCCCAGAAAAUGCCAAUCCUGCUUCAAGUGCUGCCUUCCCAAUCAGAAGGUGCUGGGAUGUCCCGUGGUGGUUUAUUUUUUGGGUUGAUUUGAGCUGUUGUCUCUGGAUUUCAGCUGCUCUCUGCCUUUUUCACAUCUCCUCCUUCCAAAAGACAGCAGCAAAGGAGCAGCUUGGCUUCAAAAGCAGGGAUCAGGAAAACCUCACAUUUCUGUGGUGUUGUACUUGAAAGAAAGGUGAAGAGACACGUUAUUUUCUGAUUAAUUAAUUUCCUGAUUAA